AUGUCAUACGGAACUAAAGCUUUACAAAGAAUUGCAGGUAAAACAGUCUUCAUUACAGGUGCUUCAUCAGGUAUUGGUAAAGCAACAGCAUUAGAAUAUGCAGAAGCAUCUCAAGGUAAUUUAAAAUUAAUUUUAGUUGCAAGAAGAAUUGAAAAAUUAGAAAGUUUAAAAAAUGAAUUAAAUACCAAGUAUCCAACUUUGAAAACAUUUAUUGGUAAAUUAGAUGUUAGUAUUAAAGGUUCAAUUAAACCAUUUUUAUCAGAAUUACCAACUGAAUUCCAAGAUAUUGAUAUUUUGGUUAAUAAUGCAGGUAAAGCUUUAGGUAAUGCAAAAGUUGGUUUAAUUGAUGAAAAAGAUAUUAAUGAAACUUUUGAUACAAAUGUCCUUGGGUUAAUUUCAAUAACUCAAGCAGUUUUACCAAUUUUCCAAAAAAAAAAUUCAGGUGAUAUUGUUAAUAUUGGUUCAAUUGCAGGUAGAGAUGCUUAUCCAGGUGGUUCAAUUUAUUGUGCAUCAAAAUUUGCCGUAAGAGCAUUUACAGAAUCUUUAAGAAAAGAAUUAAUUAAUACCAAAAUUAGAGUUAUUGAAAUUCAACCAGGUGCAGUUAAUACAGAAUUUUCCACAGUUCGUAAUUAUGGUGAUCAAUCAAAAGCAGAUGCAGUUUAUAAAGGUCGUGAACCAUUAUAUGGAGAAGAUAUUGCAGAAUUGAUUGUAUUUGCAACUACAAGAAAUCCAAAUACAGUUAUUGCAGAAUUAUUAGUUUUCCCAAGUGAUCAAGCAAGUGCAUCUCAUGUUUAUAAAAGGGAAUAG